AUGGGCGACAACCAGAUAUCAGCCGGACGGCCAGCGUAUCUAUCAGCGGGACGGCCAGCGUACCACUUCAUCGCGCCGAAGGGAUGGAUGAACGACCCCUGCGCGCCAGGCUACGACGUCAAGACGGGGCUGUACCACCUCUUCUACCAGUGGACUCCGCUCUCGCACCGAUGGGACAAGAUUUCAUGGGGACAUGCGACGAGCAAGGACUUGCUGCACUGGUCGCACGCUUCGCCCGAAACACCAGCCAUCCAGCCGGACCAGGACUAUGACCGGGAGGGCAUUUUCACCGGGUGUUUCUGGCCCACGGGGCUGCGCGGGGAGGACCAGUUGAGCGUGUUCUACACCAACGUCGACGCUCUCCCGCUCCACUGGACCUUGCCGUACACGCGCGGAUGUGAGGGGUUGGCGGUGGCUGUAUCAAGCGAUCGUGGACAGACAUGGAUCAAGUCGGACGCGAACCCGAUUCUCAGCGAGGAACCAGCCGACAUGGUCGUCACGGGCUUUCGCGACCCGUUUCUCGCGGCGUGGCCAGCGAUGGACUCCGCGCGAGGACUCGAGGAUGGGAGGUUGUAUGGCCUCAUCUCGGGCGGCAUAAAGGAUGUCGGGCCGCGUACCUUCCUGUACGAGGUCGACCCAGCCGACCUGACGCAGUGGAAGUAUCUCCACCCCCUUUUGCGCGUGCCAACGAACCAUCGUCCAGCCGGGCGUUGGGGUGGCGACCUGGGCGUCAAUCUCGAGUGCACCAACUUUCUCUCGCUGGCUGCGGAUGGCGCCGAGAGGCAAGUCAUCAUCACGGGCUCCGAGGGCGGGAAACCACGCCCGACUGCGCCCACUCAGAAGGAAGCUCCGGAACGCACGCCGCGCUACGCAUCCUGGCUUAUGGGCACACUGGAGGAGAGGGCAGGUGAAAUCGACCUGGCGACGAGCGCGUCGGGCAUGGUGGACUGGGGCGACCUGUACGCUGGCAACACGUUCAAGCAUCCCGACGGGCGCACGGUUCUAUGGGGCUGGGUGAUCGAGGAGUGCUUGAACGACGCGGCCCUCGAGGCAAAGUCGUGGACAGGAUGCCUUGGUGUGCCGCGCGAGCUCUUCCUCGCAACGUACGACGGGGUCACGGGUGCUUUGGCAUCCAAGAUGGACGAGGUGCGGAGCUUUGAGGUACUCUCGACCUCGGAUGGCGUGUGCACUGUCGCCACGCUCGGCAUCCGGCCCCUCACGGAGCUGGGGUCGUUGCGGGGUGAGCAGUUAUUCCACGCCGAGUUUUUCGACGGCGAUCGCCUCGCCAUCGCGGACGCCUCCCCGCUUGCGUGCAUGAUCAACGCGACGUUUGACAUCACGGACGACACGGAUGAGGUAUCGAUUCACGUCCGGCACAGCGGCGACUACAGCACCGCGACGCGGAUCACAUUCUACCCUAAGCGCGAGACGAUCGUGGUGCACCGCGACGCGUCAAAUGGCGCAAGCGACAUCGCAACGUACGACGAGGAGGGUCCGAUGACUCUCCUCCGCACCGAUGGCGGGAUCGAGCCCCUAAGGCUCCAGGUCUUCCUCGACCACGACGUGAUCGAGGUGUUUGCCAACGACCGUUUCUCCCUCGCGACGCGAGUGUACACCUCAUCGGAGAUCACAGGCGUGUCGUACACACGUAAAGGGGCAGCGCGGGUUGAGGAGCUGGGCCUGUGGGCGAUGAAGGCGACGCAGUAG